AGAUGGCAGGCCGUUUAGUUUAGCUUCCGGUGCCAGCAGACUAUCCUUCGUGUUGACUGUUAACGACAACCGAUAUGUUGGUUUUAACGCGUCGUUUACUUUUUUCCUUAAGUAUUUCAAUCACUAAUUCGUGACAGCAGCGAGAAUAUUCCGCGGUCACGAUAUGAGGACUGUGGCGACGCUGAAACGUCACGUUUCCAAACAAGUGAAGAUGUGCAACCGAAAUGAUUAAAUGUCUGUCGGAAGAGAUUCGGGUGAAACUUCGCUCCGGUGUCGCCGUGCCAUCUCUUCAACAAUGCGUCGAGGAGCUCAUCCUCAACAGCCUCGACGCCGGAGCGACGUGUGUCAGCGUCCGGAUGGAUCUGGAGGCGUUCAAGGUGCAGGUUAUCGACAACGGCGCUGGGAUGAGCGCAGAGGACAUGGCGUGUGUAGGGAACAGAUACCACACCAGCAAAUGUCACUCACUGGGCGACCUGGACGAGCUCAGGUACUAUGGCUUCAGAGGUGAAGCCAUUGCAAGUAUAGUUGCUUUAGCCACACUUGUAGAAAUCUCAUCCCGGGCCAAAAACUCAGGCAGGACACUUGUUAGGAUCUUUAAGAAUGGCAAAGGAAUGGAUGUGUUCGAAAAGGACAUUUGUCGACCAACUGCUGGAACCACAGUUAUCAUUUGCAACUUGUUCCACAACAUGCCCGUGCGCAGGAAGAGGAUGGACCUUGUCCUGGAACGUGAGAGGGUCAGGUACCGGGUGGAGGCCAUGUCCCUGAUGCACCCCUCUGUGUCCUUCACCUUGAAGAAUGACUGCAUGGGAGCCAUGAUAGUGCAGCUCCCCAAAGCCAGAGACACCUACCACAGGUUUAUCCAGAUCCACAGCCUGACCCGAGCUCAGAAACUCGGUGAGAUCCAGCACACGCAUGCCCAGUUUGAGGUGACGGGUUACCUUGGCAGAGAGGGCCACUACAACAGUAGCUUGCAAUUCUUGUAUGUGAAUGGCAGACUGCUUCUAAAGACGCGCAUACACACACUGCUGAACUCGCUUCUACGUAGACUUAGCAGUCCAACCCAGAGGAAUGACAGCCCAGAAAAACAGUCUGCCAUCAGGAGCCCCAAGCAGAAACGCUGCCAAGACCUCCAUGGAAUAUAUGUCAUGAAUAUUAAAUGUUCCUAUUUGGAGUAUGAUAUUAGUCUUGAGCCUGCCAAAACCCUAAUCGAGUUCAAAGAUUGGGAUGGUGUUUUGCUGUGCAUAGAAGAGGCCGUAAAAGCUUUCCUGUGCAGGGAGAACUUGGUGCUCUCCCAAGAUGAAUUGCACGAUGCGUCGCCAAGGUUGAUGAAAGUCGACAGCGCUGUGCAUGAAGUCAAUAGUUCUGACCAGAGUGUUGGUACAAACUCCAUUUAUACAUCAGCGCCGACACUGGCAUCGCAAAAUGUUCAUCGUAAACCCAAGACUCACGUUGCAGCUGAUGUGCUUUCAACUGAAAAUAACGGACAUGUUGAUCUGACUAGACUGGACCUUGUUAACGAUGCAAAAGAGUCAGAGACCGCGUUUAGUAAAGCUGUGGACAUUGAAAAAGAGAUCAGGUUGCCCCAAACAACUACAAACGUUCAUUUAUCAGUCAGUGAAACAACUCUCGUUCCGCAGGAAACCGGGGCAGAAGAAAAGACGUUCAGAAAGAUUCGUGUAUCCUGUCCAUUCAUUCACAAAUGUCUGCAGGAGGCUCCCCACAGCACCAGGACACAAUUUCAUCAGCAGCAUUUAAAACGCAAAAUCUGCCUUGACGCACACCAUGCUUCAUUGUCACGAAGAAUGCACAGAAGCUUUUCUCCUGCUGUCCCCUCAAAGGUUCCCAAAGUUGCGGCUAAGGGAUCUGGAUCGCUUGACGAGUUCAGAAGAAUUUAUGGAAAAUCUGUAGAAACAAAGCUUAGCUCUAUGGAGAGUCCUAUUAAUGCUCGACUACCUGAGCCAGACCUUGGAGAAGAUGGUGUUAUUUCCCAGAACCAGCAACUGAAAAGUGACGUCACAGAAACCAAAGCGGACAAACCAGAAGGCCCUCAAAGCUCUGCUGCACCCUUAGCGUACACCACGCUAAAACGCACUUCGGAAAAACAAUCUUUAGCUGGCAAACUUAACCAACUGAAACAAAAUGGGAGAAAAGACGCAGUCCCACCCAGUUGUGCUUCUCCACAUAAUUCCUCCGUCAUUAGUACGAAAGGCUUUCAAGACGGCGCUAACAAUGCCCGUGCUGAGCCCAGUGAUGUCGGUACAACUGCAACAUCUACUGACUGGCUCCAUCACUUUGAUACCGAAAUGGGAAAAAUGGCGUAUGUCAACAAAGUGACUGGGCUUAGCAAAUACGAGGAACCGUCGAUGGAAGAAACACAGGCCCGCUGCACUUCGGAUGUCACCAACAUGGCCGUUAGUGUCGUUUCUGAAACUGGGAUGGAAUACAGGUGUUACCCGUUCCAGGCAGAGCAAGUGCUGCCCUUCUUGCCUAAAGCCAGAGGUGAAAGAGUGCUUCAUGCAGGGAGAGAUGACACAGGUGACAAUGUCGAGACCUGCAACUCACUUCUGUCUUUGUACUCAAACUGGAACAACCCUGUGUUUGUGCGUCCUCCAGAGGUGGGUGUGGACAUCUCAAGUGGGCAACCUGGUGGUCUCGCUGUAAAGAUCCACAACAUCCUGUUUCCGUACCGCUUCUCGAAGGCCAUGAUACACUCUAUGAAGGUGAUCAAUCAAGUUGAUUACAAGUUUCUUGCGUGCCUUAUCAAUACAACUGACGAUACGGAAUGUGAAGGGAAUCUUUUAGUACUGUUGGACCAACACGCUGCACAUGAGAGAGUACGUCUUGAAAACCUAAUAGCAGAUUCCUUUGAAGAGGACCCAAACGCACCCGGCGAGAGGCGUCUCUGUUCAUCCACUAUUUUACCACCUCUGCACAUCUGUGUGACAGAAGAGGAACAAAGGCUGCUCAGGUCUUGUCAGAUUCAUUUGCGGAGCUUGGGCUUGGAAGUGACAUUCACACCGAGGCAGGAUGACCAGGUGCUCGUAGGCAAGGUGCCCGUUUGUUUGGUGGAAAAAGAAAAUAACGAGCUUCGGCGGAAAAGGCCAUCUAUUAUCAAGCGCGUUGUUGAGGAUUACCUUCAAGAGCUGAUAGAGUUACUUCGUUCCACUGGUACAGUGAAAGGGUCUCUACCGCUCACGGUGCUGAAAGUCCUCGCCUCGCUAGCGUGUCACGGCGCCAUCAAAUUCAACGACAGUCUGAAUCAAGACGAGUGCCACAGCUUGGUUGCGUCCUUGUCAUCCUGCCAGCUGCCCUUCCAGUGCGCCCACGGCCGCCCGUCCAUCGCUCCGCUCGUCGACGUUGUUCAUUUGGAGCCCAACCAGAAGGAACCUCAGAAACCCAACCUCGGAAAAUUAAGAAGGAUGUACAAAGCAUGGGUACUGUAUGGGAAUAGAUAAUUUUGUGGCAACCUCAUUAAAUAGUUUUUUUUUUUAAAUAAUAAAUUGAUCUUUUCAUAUAAAUGUCUG